AUGAAGCUCUACUUUCCACUUCUUCUUCUUCUUCUCUGUUUUAUUCUUCUUAGCUCCUCUUUGAUGGAAGCCAUGGCUCAAGCUAAAUCAGGACAUUGCUGUGACAAUUGCUCAAAGAUGUGUGAAGCAGAAGCAGUUCAAGAUCCAUGCAUCAAGUAUGAAGAAUGCAAGUGUGUGCCUUCUGGCACUUAUGGCAACAAGCAGUGCCCUUGUUACAAGGACAAGAAGGGAUAUUGCAGUGACGAGUGUUCAACGAGGUGUGCAGUAGCAGGAGCCCAAGAUCGAUGCAUUGAGUAUUGUGGGAUAUGCUCUGAAGAGUGCAAGUGUGUGCCUUCUGGGAAUUAUGGCAACAAGCAUGAAUGCCCCUGCAACAAGAACAAGAAGGGCAAGCACAAGAUAUUGUAG